AUUGCGUAUUUGGAAACACAAACAGGCGUCCUAUAUCACUGUAUCAAUUACACGGGAUGAAACCAUAAUUACAAUAUAUCUGUUUUAUUCCUUUGUCAAUAUGGACGUAUUUAUAAAACUGAAAAUAGGCGAAGAAAAAGUUUCUGUUUAGAAAAAAGGUUAAUCACUUCCUAAAGUGAACACACAUUUUCCCUUCAGGCCAGCAGUCUCAUAAGAAGUACCCCGACGUGGAAGGAAAAUAUUAAUAUGGGAAAUUCGCAUUGAAUAAUAGUAUGUUUGCUACUGACGUAGUGUUUCUAAUGACACCAACUGACCUUGGAUGUCAGGUAAACAAAUGCCGAAAGGCACGCUUGAAUGUUGCCGAACACCUGCUAAUUCGCUCUGAAUAAGCGCGCUGUCUCUCCAACUGGAUGAACGCAUGUUUUCGGUGAUGCCGAAUUUAUUCGUCUCUGCAAUUUUUCCGUGUCUCAUGGGCUAACUGUCGGAUAUACUGCGAUACACGAAAAUAAACUGCAGGUUUUUAACAGAGGCAAAAUAUACGCUCUUGUCUCCACCGUGCCAUGAAUUUUCAAGUAAUGCGAUGAUGUGGAAAAACAUGUUAUUUUUGGGGUGAUCGCCUCCAACUGAGUUACGACGGACAGGAGCUCACUCGUCUGGCGACAAGAAGCAAGAUAAGUGCUACUGGACCUUCAGCUGAGACAGGCUUUUUCCCCCCUUUCAAAAGAGAUUGCGGGAAAUGCAGGCGUUCCAUUUGCAAGGGUCUGUUGAUUCAUUCGCAAGUGUAAUCUUUCUUCGGGACAAGACGUUUGAAAAGGGGAAAUGUGAAGAGGCUUAAAGUAUGGCAUGCAAAGAUGGUUUCUGUCAAGAAGGAGAUGGUGAUUGCGAUGUUCCCCCGUUAUAUUUACUCUGUCUUCUACUUUCUCUGCGUGGUCGCCUGUAUAAGUAGCAUAUCUGGGGAGAUAAAAAAGGAUGAAAAAAUAUACCCCGAAAAUUUCACACGCAUACUGGAUCGACUCCUGGAUGGUUACGACAACAGGCUACGACCAGGAUUUGGUGGCCCAGUGACAGAAGUAAAAACGGAUAUAUACGUCACAAGCUUUGGGCCUGUUUCCGAUGUCGAAAUGGAGUACACAAUGGACGUCUUCUUCCGCCAGACAUGGGUAGACAGGAGACUCCGUUAUGAGGGCCCCAUCGAGAUCCUGCGACUCAACAACCUGAUGGUCACCAAGGUGUGGACCCCCGACACCUUCUUCAGGAAUGGGAAGAAGUCGGUGGCCCACAACAUGACCGCUCCCAAUAAGCUUUUCCGCAUUAUGAAGAAUGGCACAAUCCUGUACACUAUGAGGCUAACCAUAAGUGCGGAGUGUCCAAUGAGACUGGUGGACUUUCCCAUGGACGGGCAUGCUUGCCCUCUCAAGUUUGGAAGCUAUGCGUACCCCAAAACAGAGAUGAUCUACACUUGGACCAAAGGACCCCAACAUUCAGUGGAAGUACCCCCAGAGUCAUCCAGUCUUGUGCAGUAUGAUCUGAUUGGCCAGACUGUCUCCAGCGAAACUGUAAAAUCUAUCACAGGUGAAUAUGUGGUGAUGACUGUAUACUUCCACUUGAAACGGAAAAUGGGCUACUUCAUGAUUCAGACAUACAUCCCCUGUAUCAUGACAGUAAUCCUCUCUCAAGUGUCCUUCUGGAUAAAUAAAGAGUCUGUGCCUGCCAGAACCGUAUUUGGGAUCACGACCGUGCUGACGAUGACCACCCUGAGCAUCAGCGCCCGCCACUCGCUGCCCAAAGUCUCCUAUGCCACCGCCAUGGACUGGUUCAUCGCCGUCUGCUUCGCCUUCGUUUUCUCCGCCCUCAUCGAGUUCGCCGCCGUCAACUACUUCACCAAUGCGCAGGCGGAGAGGGCCAAGAGGAAGCAGGCCAAAUGCCCCCCAGCCCCCAAGGCUACGCCGGUGAAGCAGGCCAGCGACGGCGAAGAGGUGUUGCAGCAGAAUCCAGACACUAACGGCAACCUACGGAAACGGAUGAACCUGAUGACACAGGCAGACUCAAACAGCACCCCGAGAACUGGUCCGGGAGGCAGCAGAGCAACGGUGGUUGCCAGGCAAACUCCUGCCGGCUCCGCCCCCUCGGCAACGGCAGCGACGACAGUGCCCGCCUCCGCCCAGCCCCACUCCAGCCCCAACCCUUUCAGCCACUCGAGCAUAGCCCCACCCACGCUGGCUUCCAGGAACACGCCCCCGGCCCCGCCCUCGACCCCGACAGUCACAGGGUGUGAGCGCGUGCCGUCAAACAUGUACGUAGGCUCAGCCUCUCUGCAGCGUCUCUUAGGGGCGAAGCUGGAGCACAUUCAGGCCGCUAAAGGAGACACGGGUGCCCAACCCGCCCCAGGAGCUUCGUCGGGACCCAACGGCACCAGUAAAAUUGACAAGUAUGCACGCAUACUCUUCCCAGUGUCCUUUGGAGCUUUCAACAUGGUAUACUGGGUGGUCUACCUGUCAAAAGACACCAUGGAGCCCAGGGAUGGCUAAUCCCAGUCUUUGUGUGUUUUGCUUUCUUUCUUCUCAAAAACGGAAGAUUUUCUUCUCAAGUUAUAUAAAAAACUUUAGGGGCUUAUAUAUUGUAGUUUAUAAGACAUGUUUGAAAUUUUCUUAACAUUGAAAAUGAAGAGUGUGUCAUCAAAUGGGUAAACACACAAAAAACAGUUACCUCAGUAGUUACGUCCGAGACAAGUAAUCCUGCUGCAUACAUGUAUGCAGUAUAUUGUUCAAAGAAGUUGAGCAUGUGAAGACAAAAAACACAUUCCAGAUACUUUGAAUUGUAUUAAUUACAAUACUACAGAUAUUUUCCAAUGGAAGUGUUUGGAUAAUGGUGGCAUAUGACAAAUCAUAAUCCAGCAAUACACUUUAUUUUUAAGAGGGUUAGAUUACAAGCAUGCAUUUUAAUGCAGCAGUUUAGUAGAACUUGGAAUUGGUUGAAAGCUGAAAUAUAACAUCUAUUUUGUUAUUUUCUUUUGCGCUAUGAAAAAGUAAAAAGUAAAAGUAAAAAACAUUACAAUUGAAAAUUGCAUCAUAUUUUUAAAGCUGUCAAUAUAUUUUGAUUGUAUUCAUAAUAAUUCAUAGUAAUUUCUUUUUUUUACCCUUUGGGUCAUGGAAUUAAAUCAAUUACCCUUCUGCAGUUUAACUCUAAUUUUCUCUUGUGCAUGAUACACCACUAUCUCAUGCCAAGUUUCAUAUCCCUUCUGUGAAUGAUAGCUCAUGUGCUGACCGACUGCCUGGUGCUUAAGUUUCGUGGGAGUAGUCUGAAGAUUAAGGUGUUAAAGCAGGACCUAUUACAUUAUUCCCAGGUCUGAGGUCAAUGCUUGCCUCGGCUGUGUCUUGUGAAUUGAGGCCCAGCGGUGAGAGUGGAAGCAUACAACAAAUUCAACAAAAAUACAAGCUUAUCAUCUCCUUGGGUUGACUGAAGAAGGGGAUAAUGACUGAAGAAGAGGUUAAUCCCUGGAGAAUGGUUCUGUAGAUGUGUUUCAUCUUUUGCUUCAUGUUAAAUUUUAUAUACAGCACAUAUAAUGAAGUCAUUUGAUGGCCAUUUUCAGUGUGGGGGAAAAAAAGAUUAUUAAAGACCUUUGCAGUGACUGGGGAAAACAUGAUUACUCCCAACCUGAUUCACACAUGAAAAGUUGGUUAUUAAAGAGCACCAAUUUCCUUUUUGAGCCAUGUCUAGUCUAGCCAGCAGCCAUACUACCUAAACACAUUGCAUGCAUCCUGAUAAGCAGGUUUUGCCUUGGUUAGCACUUAGAGAGUUUAUAAUGGUAGGGUUGCAUCUGUAGGUAGUAUAGUUUUGAAUUAUCAAGCAGUAGUUUCAAGUCCUGUAUCAAAGUAUUAUUCCAGAAAGGGCUCUGUAUGAAAGUAUUAUUAUUAAUAUUAUUAUUAUUAUUAUCUGCAAAAAGCAGUUGAAAACAAGAGGAGCUCUGUAAGUUGUGUAGCUGUCCAUUGCAGGAGGCACAGUGUGUGCUAUAGUGUUACAAAAGAAAGAAGGGCCACAAUUUAUAUGCCAUGCAGUUUCAAAGGGAAACCUCUCGAGAAUGUAUGCAGUACCAGCUUUGGGCAAUUUACAAAACAUUCCAUCCUUUGGAUCAACUACCCAAAAGCUGAAAUGUCAAGAGGCUCUGCCACUGCCACAUGGUCUAUGUUAGCUCGCAAUAAAUCUGGUUCAUGUACAGUAUUAUGGCCAAAAUGUGGGUAUUGUUGUGGCAAAAAGCAACAUGAUGGGGCACCUUAAAAAUAUGCAGGCCCUCUGUAGGAUUGGCAUUAACCACCCCCCUCCCCCCCAAAAAAAUAAAAUAAAUAAAAAUAAAUACAUUUAAAAAGUGAAGCAUUUCAGAUAAAUCUGGGCUGACGAAGAAAGAGCUUGCCACAUGCUGAGGCCAGUGCUUGUUGACCCAGCUUGUCCUCGGGUUCAAUUCCAGAGCAAACUGAAAACAGCCGUUUCUGCCAGGCCCAUUCGGGCAAUGUGUAAUUAGCCGGAGGAUUACAGAGCAAAUCUAAACCCUGGAGAGUGAUCGCGUGGUGAUUUAUGAUGCCAAGGCUAAUGUUCUGCCGGUAUGUGCUGGAAUGCUCUGGUCCUGCUGCAGUGUGACUGAGGGUUGCAUUAGACUUUUCUGGGCCAAGGAUUAAGGAUCAGACUAUCAGAGCCGCAAGGUUUUGUGGCACACUUUCAGAUUUUUAGAUCCUGAAUCAAACCAUUGCUUUAUAGUAUAUCCAUGCAUAUUUUAGCCUGUUUUGAAAGUUAUCGUAGGUUCCAUUAUUGAUAGCCUUGAGAAAAAUUAUGCCUAAAAUAAACAACACAGAUAAUGAGCUACAUUGUAUGCAAAAAAAAUAUAUAAAAUUAUUUUAUUUUAUAUUUGAUACAAAUGUUUCAAGAAAUAAAUCCCCCCAAAAUGAAGUCUCAUAAAGCUCUAUAGUACACCAGUUAGUAGUGUUAUCCUAAUGAAUGGAAAGGGGCACUGAAUACAAAGUUGUGAAACAUUUUUAGACCUAUUUUUUGGGAAAUACAAUUAUCACUUUUCAUUCCCACUCUAUUUUCCAGAAUCAGUGUUGCACAAAGCAUGGGCAGAGUCAUUGAUGCUGUGCAUGGGUGCACUGGGCAUGGCUAGUGAAUGCUGGUAUUUUUGUGACAAGGCGUGAAGAGUACGGAUCAAAGUGCACGGCGCAGUUGGAAAAUGGGCUGGAUUAUAGUCAAUAUAUUAUCAGCGUGUGGUGUUCAGCUGGAUUAAUUGAUAGCCAAUCAAAUGACGUCUUUUCCUUACCUUUAAGACCCAUGUGCAUUGCACGGGGCGUACUGCCAAUCUCCGUAGUCUACGACUUCAACAGAAAACAAGCAUAAGGAUAUACUAAUCAGAUUUUUCUCACAAGAUGUUCUUGUGCAACGUUGGGCUGUCAGCUUUUGAACCAAUCUCAUAAAUAAGAGACAUUUGUUAGAAUCUGUUUGAAUUUUCUUUUGUCAGAAUUUUACAAAAUCAUUGCCUAAAUGAUUAUUAUGUACUGUUUUUUCCCAUUAAACCUGUUGCUGAAGUGCUUAAACUCACUAUGCUGUAACUAAUAAUGACAACAGUAUCUUGAGGUUUUAAACAAAAUAAAACCAGGGAAGAUCAUAACAAUGCCAGUGAUCCUGUUCAUGGCAGUAAAAUGACUCGAUAUGAACUUAAAAAAUUAUAACUCACAAUUCCAUCAUUAAUUCACAACAAUAGGAUGAUUUACUUAAAAUAAAUUGAACUGAGCGAUUUCCUUUAGAAGGGAAAAUUGGGCAGUUGCCGCUUGCCUAUGUUGCUUACUCCAUAGUUAUUAUUAUUAUUAUUAUUAUUAUUAUUACUACUACUAUCUCCAUGGAUAGCAUGACCCACAUAUUAGCACUUCAUUUUUAGGCUAUCUAACAAUAUACCCUCCAGACAAGACAAUAACUUGCCUUGUUGUUUAUCCUUCUCUUUGAUAUUGAGCGCUUCCAGGUGAUGUUAAAUUAGCUUGAGAGGAGAUAACUAAUGCAGUUAACGCAUGUAGCUUGCAUAUGCAGUACUGGCACAAAUCACGGAAACACCGCGCAAUUUUGUUCUCUUAAAACUUUUGUCUGUGUCUUUUCUCCUGUUAUUGUUUGUUGGAGGCAUUUUUAACGGUAAAAUGUAUUGAAAACAGUUAUCUGCUUAACCACGAGCGGUAAUGACAUUCUGUGAACAUCAGUUAUUUGGAAUAAAGUAUACGAGCCAAAAAAAGGUUUUAUUUCUUUGCACGGAUAUUGUUAUUUUAAGUAGAAAAAUACUGGAAAAGUGAUACUUAUUAUAAAAUUUCCAAGUAAGAUACAUUAAACUGCACAAUUAUGCUGGUAUGAACUAAUACAUAUAGGAUGGUGUAUGAUUAUAACUUUUUAACACAAAUGCUAAUUAUUUCUUCAUGUUUGUCUUGAUAGUACAUUUAUUACAUGUUGCAUUUAUUAUGCCAAAAGAGAAGCUGUUGCAAAAUAUUGCCUUAAUUGUUGAUCUGUAUUUAUAAAUGCAGUCUAUCCAUAAUUUGUGCCAGUACUGUAGCUAUUGUUUUAACUACAGUCACUUAAUAAAAAUGAAAAGAAUGUUCAA